UCCUCAUAACGCACUACACUCAGACUCUACAGCUGUAUUUUAGUUACACUUCACAACACAAUGGUUUUCCUACUAUCAGUAUGUUCAUUACUUUCAUGCCUCCAUGGUUUGACUGGGACGAACUCUACAUAUUCACCAAGAAUGAUAUUCACAGACAAAGAAACUGCAGUUAAAAGGUCAUCUGUACCUGAACAGCACAGACCUGUUCAGAUUCUCCUGGAUAGACAGCCGGAUUCUGUUACCGCUGUUGGGCAAACACACCUGAACUGGUACAACUUUCAAAACCCCAAGGAGGCUCCCGUAGAAAGGAAGGUGCUGUGGAAGGAAUGCUCUAACAAUGACUGCAGCUAUAACAUCACUGUGGUCCACCAGAGGGAAGAAGCCCACAAAGUGUUUGUUUGUGGAAGCAACAGGAGAGCAACACUGUGCUGUGACGUGAAUUUAUCAGAGCUGUCACCCACAUGCAUUCCCUCUGAGAAAAUGGGCAGGUUACCAGAAGCCAUACAUGAAUUUGUCAAAAAGGAUGGUGAACAGUUUGCACUUGUGGAAUCAGAAGAAAGUGCAGAUCUCUACAUUACAUUCUCUGGAUCUCAAGGAUAUGUUGGCAUUUUUAAGUUUGGGGAAAAAAUAGUCAGACCAGCGACCAAUGAUAAAGAGCAGUACUAUGUGGGUCUGAUGCUCAGUAGAGGGAGAGAAGAUCCCCUGCAAGACAGAGUUUAUGCCUUUUAUAAGCAGAAAAACAGAGACAAAGGGCUGUACAGUGAGAUGUGGAUGCCCUUUGUGACCCAAGUUUGCAUGGCAGAUAUUGGUGGUCCCAAGAACAACCUGCAGUUUAGCUGGACGUCCCAGAUGCAUGCCAAACUCUUCUGUGGAGACUCUGACAGCAAACAGCAUUUCUCUGAGCUGGUAGACUCGGCCAUUGUGCACGCAGACCGGUGGCAGGACACCAGAGUCUAUGCACUCUUCAGAAACGAAUGGGGAAUGAGUGCUGUGUGUGUCUACACGAUACAAGACAUUGACACUGUCUUCAGAACUUCCCCAUUCGCCCCAGACAACCAAAUGAACCGGCCUAGAGAGUGUGUUCUUGAUAGCACCAAGAUUUCCUCUGAGAUCCUGAGGAACAUCGAGAAGACUUCAGAGAUGAAGGAAUGGGUCAGGCCUGAGGGUGACUCUGGACCACUUCUCUUUAAUCAUCACAACUACACUCACAUCCACAUUGACAAUUCCCAGCACAACAGGAACCACACAGUUAUGUUCCUGUCUCUAAAUAAUGGAGCGAUUCAUAAGGUGAUGCAGAGCAAAAACCACAGCUUCAUCAUUGCAGAGUAUCGACCUUUCAACCACAGAGCGCAUACUCUCGGAGUCAUGUUACAGCCGUCCUCUAAAAAGCUGUAUGUCUACUCUAGAAGUGAGCUGGUCCAGCUGGAUGUGGUCAACUGUGCUCAAUAUGGAAACACCUGUGAGGAAUGUGUCUUAUCCAGAGAUCCUUACUGUGGCUGGAACGGCACCCACUGCACCCCUCAGACUAAAACGACCCUACAGGAUGUGGUUGGAGGAAACCAUGCCAUCUGUGCAUCGCUGCGAAAGAUUCAUGAGCCGGAAAAAGCAUUUAGGCAUGCCACUAGAGCUACACAUCCACAAGAGAAUGUGACCAGCAUCACACUUCGCUCUCAGUCAAAGUAUUUCUUGCGGUGUCCAGUGUCAUCCCGCCAUGCCCAGUAUAGAUGGACGUGGGGCCUUAAAAGCUCCACAUCCUGCAGCUCGAGGGAGCAGCAGUGCCUCCUUCUGAUCGACAGCAUGGGUCCUGAGCAGGUGGGAACUUACAAAUGUGUGUCAGAGGAGAAGGGUUACAGCAAAGUCCUGGCACAGUACCAGCUAUGGCUGGAGAGCAGGGCGGUGGGUCGACUAUCAAGCCCAGUGGUCUGGAUUUGUCUGAUAGUUGUUCUGAUUAAGAAUUUAUCAUGUUAAUUCAGAGUAUUACAGCAGAAGUGAGUACAUCUCUGUGUAGUGUCACUUAAAUGUCAGGCCUCACAGUAGGAAGUCAAUGUGACUAAAGCCAGCAAACCUUUCACUACUGCUACUCAACUUUUGUCUUUAUGAUACUCCAAAGAUGUUCUGGAUGCCAGUUAAACUACUCGACUGUCGUAGUCUUGACUUAUUUCUCUUUUCUGUGAGUUAUUCUAACUACACCUGAUCUCAGAUGCAUUCACUUUUUUGUAUUGAGUUUCUAUUUUGGGGCCUGUAUUUUCAGUGUUGUCUUUCGAAACAAUUUCUUUUUUCACUGCUCAUAAGAGGAAAUACCGUGAGAAGUAGUAUAAUUUUGACUUAUUUAACCGUAAGGUGAUAAUGUGCAGGGGUCUACUGAUGUCUGUUAUAAACUGCAUAUUGAACUGAAUUUUGAAUUAAUACAUACAUUGGCUAGGACUGGGAUGGUAUAUAUAGUUUAUUUUGUUACCAUUUUAUUCCUUUAACUUACAAAAUUAUUUUAUUGUCCUUGUGGUAUUUACUGUAUGUUAACAUGUAUCAGCAUUCAGUCAGUCAAAAACUGAUCUCUCAAUCUUUGCCAAAGGAAUUUAAAAGAAUAGAAAAAGAUGUGUCAAGGGUCUAAUGUUAUUAACGCUUCUCUGCAUUUGUCAGUGUGUGUUUUAUGUCUAAACCAAGUUAGCCACGGUGCUAGCCGCAGUUUGUGACUGCCAGCUAUUAUUACAUCUAGCUGACAAGUCAAGGAUGAAAAUCUUUAAAACUGCAUGCUUGUUUUGUAUGACAUAUUUAUACUUGCAACAACAAUGCAAAAUAUUGAAAAAUUUGAAUAAUUGUAUCUAGUAAUUAACCCUCCUGUUAGGUUUGUUUCUCAGGAACAGCAAUAAUGUUCGUAGGUCAGUUUAAUUAUCCACAAGUGUCAGAAACCAAAAAAUCCCACUAAACAUUGUUUAGAUUUCAUUUUUAACUCCAGUACUAACCAUUUAAUCUAUCAGUAUUUAUUGCAAUGGUGUUCUUUAGCUCUCACAGAUCAUGGUUCAAUGAAGAUAAUUCAUUAGUUUUUCAUUAAAAAUACACGUUAAAACUUUUUUUUAAUGUACAUCGGAAAGACCUACAUAUAAAAUACAAUAGUUUUACAUCACACUGACUUUUCUUCUAUUUUAUAUUUAGAUUUUUUUUCUUUUCAUGAAGUGACAUUGAAAAAUGAACACAAGACACCUCUUCUGUUCAGAAUCAAAUUGACUUAAAAUCAAGACAAAUGAGUUCUAAAGAUUUGUAUUGAAAGUAAAGUAACUUUAUUUAAGCAGCAUUUGUGAAACAGAAAUAUGUGCAAAUAUGUGUUUCAUACCGAAAAAAUACUUUUAUCAAUUUUUGAACGAUUAUUUAUACUUUAAAAUGGGUGAAUUUGGCCCGCAACAUAACAGGACAGCUAACUUGCUACUGUCAUACAAAUCAAGCAAGAAGAAAACCAAUGUACUGUAGCAACUAGGCGCUUUGGGUUAAAACGUGUGUCAGAACCUGUUUACCUUCAGGGGUUUUCAAAGGCUGCCAGAUGCUUAGCUGAAAUGUCAGUAAUCAUGAUGUCACUAUGAUAGUAUUUAAUUUUAGUUCUUUUUGCUUUUGUGUUCUUGUAAACUACCUCAGACAAUGGCCUUUGGAUGACAUUUUCUUUCUUUUUUUUUUUUUUUAAAAAGACUUCUCUCUUUGUCAUUUUAAAAGUGUUCAGACAGUGAAAUACUGCUGAGAUGUUGAAAAAUAGGAAGUUGUGAAAUCGUUUUUUCAGCCGUGCCUAUUUUUAAACAGUGAAGUGUGAAUCUAAGCACAAAUAGCACAGUUUACCCUCAAACAGGGUUUUCAUACAGAAAGCAGUUUGCCGUAGCACCUAAUAGUCGAGCUUAUAUGAAAGCCAUAUUGUUAUUCCGUGGUAAAUCAGUUCACCUGCAUUCCUAAACUUUACAGCUUUCCGUUAACUUAAAUCCAAGGAGUUGGGUAGCACUUUACUUUUUGCGUGUAUUAAAUUUAACAUUGUGUACAUAUGAAUAACAUCAAUAAGGCUUAUUGGCUGAGUUGCACUUUGAUUCAUUAAUUUAAUCAUUGAAGCAAUACUCAACUAUUGCACCACUGCAAAUUGCACUCAUAUUUUUUAAAUGACAGUGUUCUCAUUUUCUAACUUAUCUCUAGUGGUGUUUAGCCACACUGACAGCUUUGGUUUAAUCGAAUGUAUCCAUCUCUUGUUUGUGCUGCCAUCUGAAAACAAUGGAAUAAUUAAUUACUUUUUCGAUACUGUUAAUAGCAGAUUCUAGUUUAAAAGCUAGUGUCCUUCUGUGUGAACGUGUCAGUGAGUGGUUGUGUGUCUGUGUUGUGUUAGGCCUAUGACUGAUGUUACCACCGUCUUGCUGUUGUCAGGGUCCUGCGACAGUUAAAAAGAUAAGCAGGUUCAUUUAAUGCCUGGAUCAGAAUGUCAGCGUUACUGUCAGUCACUGUUUUUGAAUAAUACAAUUGUCAGUUUUUAUGCAGAUGCACAGUAAAGUAUGUUGUGUUAUUUUUAAAGUUUGCUAACAUGUCGCUUCUGCUCUGUACAUACUAGGGAUGCACAAUAUUGGAUUUUUGACAAUAUCGAUUAAAAGAUAUUUUUGCAACUAUUUUGGCUGAGUGGGGAUGCAAAUGUUAAUGUAUUAAGCUUAAGCUUUCUUUUAUGAUGGCCCAAUAGCAAACGCAGGCAUAAAAUAUGCCUUUAAAAUAUAUACAAAACUUACACUACUGUUCAAAUGUUUGGGGUCACUUAGAAACGUCCUUACUUUUGAAAGAAAAGCGGGUUUUUUUUUUUCGAUGAAGAUAGCAUUAAAUUAGUCAGAAAUACAGUCGAGACAUUGUUAAUGUGGUAAAUGACUAUUCUAGCUGGAAAUGGCUGAUUUUUAAUAGAAUAUCUCCAUAGGGCUACAGAGGAACAUUUCCAGCAACCAUCCCUCCUGUGUUCUAAUGCUACAUUGUGUUAGCUAAUGGUGUUGAAAGGCUAAUUGAUGAUUAUAAAACCCUUGUACAAUAAUGUUAGCACAUGAAUAAAAGUGAGUUUUCAUGGAAAAUAUGAAACUGUCUCGGUGACUCCAAACUUUUUAACAGUAGUGUACAUGUAAAGCAUGCCUUAUUUAUUUUAUGGAACAUUCUCAAACCAAACUGAAUGUCAAUUUUGUGUCAAUCCCCAUAUUUAAUUAUAAAGCUUUUCAUUGGCCAGUGUCAACAUCAUUCUGCAUCCAUAGUGCAUACCUUUAGGUUCUGCAGUGUUGUUUUAAAAUGUUUUUUGUAAGAAAAUAUUUUAAAUGUAUUUGCAUUGCUUUCUUUAUAUAAAUGAAAAUUUGUUUUCAUUCUGA